ACCACCUACUCCGUAAUAUCCCCCGAUCCAAUUGAAGCUGAGCUGCAACCACCACGCGGACAGCAGGCCAACCUCACGAUGCUGUCGGGAAUCCUCAUCUUCAACCAGAAGGGCGAGAAUCUAAUCUUCCGUGCCUUUCGCAACGACUGCCGCCCGCGUCUCGCCGAUGUCUUCCGCAUUCAGGUCAUCAGCAAUGCCCAGGUCCGCUCACCCAUCCUGACCCUCGGCAGCACCACCUUCAGCCAUGUCAAGCACGAGAACAUUUACCUGGUGGCCAUCACCAAGAGCAACGCCAAUGCCGCUCUCGUUUUCGAGUUUCUCUACCGCUUGAUCCAGCUCGGCCGUGGCUACUUUGCCAAGUUUGACGAGGAGGCCGUCAAGAACAACUUCGUCCUGGUUUAUGAGCUCCUGGAUGAAAUUAUCGACUUUGGCUAUCCCCAAAACACCGAGACCGACACGCUCAAGAUGUACAUCACCACCGAGGGCGUCAGGUCGGAACGCGCCGUCGAGGACUCGGCCAAGAUCACCAUGCAGGCCACGGGCGCGCUGUCGUGGCGCAAGGCUGAUGUCAAGUACCGCAAGAACGAGGCCUUUGUCGAUGUCAUUGAGGAUGUGAAUCUUCUGAUGAGCGCAACCGGCUCCGUGCUCCGAGCCGACGUCACCGGUCAGAUUAUCAUGCGCGCCUACCUGAGCGGGACACCCGAGUGCAAGUUUGGCCUCAACGACCGCCUGCUUCUUGACAACGACGGCAUGCAGACUCUUCCGAGCGGGAACAGGCAGGGGAGCAAGGCAACCAAGGCGGCUGCCGGCAGUGUGACGCUGGAGGACUGCCAGUUCCACCAAUGCGUCAAGCUGGGCAAGUUUGACAGCGACCGCAUCAUCUCGUUUGUGCCGCCUGACGGCGAGUUUGAGCUGAUGCGCUACCGUGCCACCGAAAACGUCAAUCUGCCCUUCAAGGUCCACGCCAUCGUCAACGAGGUCGGCAAGACAAAGGUCGAGUACAGCAUCGGUGUGCGCGCCAACUUUGGCUCCAAGCUUUUUGCCACCAAUGUUAUUGUCCGCAUCCCGACCCCGCUUAACACGGCUAGGAUCACGGAGCGGUGCACCCAGGGAAAGGCCAAGUACGAGCCGUCGGAAAACAACAUUGUCUGGAAAAUCGGCCGCUUCACCGGCCAGAGCGAGUUCGUGCUGAGCGCCGAGGCCGAGCUGACCAGCAUGACCAACCAAAAGGCCUGGAGCCGACCGCCACUGAGUAUGAGCUUCAGCCUCCUGAUGUUCACCAGCUCCGGGCUGCUGGUCCGAUACCUAAAAGUGUUCGAGAAGAGCAACUACUCCAGCGUCAAGUGGGUGAGGUACAUGACGAGGGCCGGGAGCUACGAGAUCAGGUCAGUUUGCCAACCCAACUGGCUUUUAGAGGUGGGGGAAGUGUCCAAGCUAACACGGCCAUGCCAGGUUCUAACCCCGUUUACUAAUACCAUGUGUUUUCUUUGGUGUGUCGCGGUAUCUGCUGCAUUGCAUAGCACUGGCGUUCGGCGGCGUUUGGUUAUUUCAAGAGCAUGCGAGAAUCUAAUGAUACACAACUUGAUCGGGAAUGGGAAAAAAAGAAACACCGUCUCCCACCGUGGCAGACCAGGACAUGGCAGCCCACGCCAGCGGUUCUGCACAACGGAACUUUGA